AUGGCAUCGACCUCAACCAAAAAAUCAUGUUCAUCGUUCCGUCCGGCGGCCUCUCUGGUGAAAUUCUACAAACAUUUCUGUCUCAGAUUUGUAAAAGGUGACAAAUCCUGGAACGAUGCAAAUUCUGAGUGUAUGAGACAGGGAGGGUUAUUGUUACAAAUUCACAGUCAACAGGACCAAGACUUUAUCUUCGAGAGCCUGAAGUCACUACACUGGAGUGACGCAGGAGUAUGGAUAGGAGCUACAGAUCGCGACAGCGAGGGUCACUGGAAAUGGAGUGAUGGUUCGCCCGUUAUUUACAGUCACUGGAAUACUGGUGAAGGACAACAACAUAGUGCCAAUAACGAGAACUGUGCUAUGGUUAAUGUUGAUGAUGGGAUGUGGUACGACUACGGCUGCGAUGAUGUUAUAUAUAAUCAGGCCUACAUAUGUAAAUACUGA